AUGCCUCGUGCCUUCCUGGUCAGAAGUAGGCGCCUGCAACCACCCAAUUGGAGUCACCUGCCUGACCAGCUCCGGGGAGACGCCUAUGUCCCAGACUGCAGCAGCCUGGAGGGGCCAUCGGCACGACGACGUUCCAGCCUUGGGGACUCCUGGGCAGCGCCCAUGCAGGGCACUUUGGUCACCACUCCCAGGGACCCUGGGAUGCUUGGCUGCCCAUUCUGCCCCAAGGCCUUCCCGUUGCAGCGCAUGCUGACAAGGCACCUCAAGUGCCACAGCCCUGCGCGCCGCCACGUGUGCAGCUGUUGUGGCAAGGGCUUUCAUGAUGGCUUUGACCUCAAGCGCCACAUGAGGACUCACACUGGGAUUCGCCCAUUCCGCUGUGGAGCUUGCGGAAAAGCAUUUACACAGCGCUGCUCGCUUGAAACUCAUCUUGCCAAGGUGCACGGGCAGCCGGCCAGCUACGCCUACCGUGAGCGCCGUGAGAAGCUGCAUGUGUGCGAGGACUGUGGCUUCACCAGCUCGAGGCCUGACACUUACGAGCAGCACUGUGCCCUGCACCAUACUGCUUCAGACUGCACCCCGCGUCCAAUCAUGAGAGGCAAAUAA